AACAGCUUGGAGACGAAGCAAGCUCACGCUUACACGGACAGAGAAAAAAGAAAAACAAAGGGAAAAAAAAGCACAUCCUUUGAUCGUACCUGUUCCCGAAUCGUACGAAUCAAAACUCUAACUUUCCAAAAAAAAAAAUUUCAGGAGGAAUUAAUGUCAAAAUAAUACGGAAUUAAUCUACCCGGUUAAUUGAUAUGGGAAUUUGAAGCAGUAUGAGUCUGUUAUUAGAUGGAACAUGAAUGUGGUCGAUUCAACUUCGUUGGGGUUCUAUUAAGAGUGUGAAGAUAGGGUUGGUGCUGGGUGUUUGGAAAUAAGAUGUGAGGUAUAGUAGUGUUCUGAGUUUGGGGUGAUGCAAAAGAGAGCUAUGGGAAGGGGUAGAAUUGCAAGUGUUGGUACGGUAUGUUGUUGUCCUUGUUAAGCAGGCGCUCCUUGGAGGUCGAUUCCAGAGAUUCCUAUGGAUUUGCUCUGAGACCUCAACACAUACAAAGAUAUAGAGAGUACAUUCCUAUCUACAAGGAGGAGGAGGCGGAGAGAUUAGAGAAAUGGAAAAUUUUCCUUGAACAACAUCAAAAACCUGCCCAAGCAUGCUUUUCUAAGGAGGAGGACGAAACUCCUGAGUUUAAACACAAGGGUUCUUCUGAGGAGGAACAUAAAGAGAUAUUGCCAGUGGGAGCUACUGAGUUGAAAGAGGAGACUUCUUCUAAGGAGGAAGACAAAGCAUCGUUGCCGGCUGUAGCUACUGUGUUGAAAGAAGAGGUUAGUUUAGAGGAGGAAUGUAAAGAAACUUUACAAAUUGAAGCUAUUAAGUCAAAGAAAGAGACUGCUUCUGAUGAGGAAAUUAAAGAGACAUCAAGGGCUGGAGCUUCUGAGUUAAAGGAAGAGUUUAUUUCUGAGACAAGCGAGGAAGGUGAUGCUUCAAGGGGGAAGUCUGAUUUUGCUGGUUCAACAGAAUCUGAAACCAAAAGGGAGGCUCAACUUUCAGAAGAAAGAAAAACAUGUAAAGUACAAAAAAGAUGGGCUCAGACUAGACCAUCUCUUCAUUUUAUUGAGAAAAUGAUGGGUUUGCGUGUUAAGAAGGGAAAGAAUACGAAAGAUGAGAAGGUGAAUGGAAGUGGAGACCGUUUUGUAUCAAUAAAAGAGGCAGAACAUUUAAGUGGUGAAUCUGAAGAUGUGUUAGAGGAGGUCUGUGUAAAUGAAAUGUCAGCCAACAAUAUGAAUGCAUCAAAAGGAGAAAGUGAUCUAGGUGAUGGGACCUCUCAGGAACCUUUCUUUUCUUGGAAACAGGAGCUAGAGAACCUUGUGCAUGGGGGACUGCCAAAAGAUCUCAGGGGAGAGCUAUGGCAAGCCUUUGUCGGGGUCAAAGCAAGACGAGUGGAGAGAUAUUACCAGGAUUUGCUAGCUGAAGAAACUAACGAUGGCGAAAAUAAUUAUCAAAAUAGCUCAUCUAGUUCAGCCAGCAAAUGGAGAAGACAAAUUGAGAAGGAUAUACCGCGGACAUUCCCAGCUCAUCCAGCCUUAAAUGAGGAUGGUAGGGAUUCCUUGAGGCGUUUACUAAUUGCUUAUGCCAGACACAAUCCCUCUGUUGGAUACUGCCAGGCAAUGAAUUUCUUUGCUGGACUAUUGCUACUUUUGAUGCCUGAGGAAAAUGCCUUUUGGACCUUGGUGGGCUUUCUUGAUGAUUAUUUUGAUGGGUACUAUACUGAGGAAAUGAUAGAAUCGCAGGUGGACCAACUUGUCUUUGAAGAGCUGAUGCAUGAAAGAUUUCCUAAAUUGGUUCAUCAUCUGGAUUACUUGGGAGUGCAGGUAGCAUGGAUUUCUGGUCCCUGGUUUCUUUCCAUUUUUAUUAAUAUGCUUCCUUGGGAAAGUGUUCUUCGCGUAUGGGAUGUGCUUCUAUUUGAAGGAAGUCGUGUUAUGCUAUUCCGAACAGCACUUGCUUUGAUGGAGUUAUAUGGUCCUGCAUUAGUUACAAGUAAAGAUGCUGGGGAUGCCAUCACUUUAUUGCAAUCUCUUAUUGGCUCUACCUUUGACAGCAGCCAACUUGUUUUGACUGCUUGCAUGGGUUUUUUGGCUGUAACUGAAACUAGAUUACAAGAGUUAAGAGAAAAGCAUAGACCAUCAGUCUUAGUUGUUGUUGAGGAAAGAUCAAAAACAGGUCAAGAUUGGAAGGAUACAAAAGGAGUUGCAACUAAACUGUAUAGUUUUAAGCAUAACCCUAGGUCACUGGUAGAAGAAAAAAGCAUUGCUGAAGGUCUUGAAGAUGCACCUGACUUGAGGGAUCAUUCUUCUAACCUGGAUGAACUGUUUAGUGGCCUAAAUUCAGAAAUAGAUUCCCUACCAGAUCUUCAGGAGCAGGUGAUUUGGUUGAAGGUUGAGUUGUGUAGGUUGCUGGAGGAGAAAAGAUCUGCUAUACUUAGGGCUGAGGAGCUAGAGACAGCACUUAUGGAAAUGGUCAAACAAGAUAAUCGACGGCUACUGACUGCAAGGAUUGAACAGUUAGAGCAAGAGGUGGCCGAGUUACGACAAGCCCUUUCUGAUAAGAAAGAACAAGAAUCAGCAAUGCUUAAGGUCUUGAUGCGGGUAGAACAAGAUCAAAGGAUUACAGAAGAUGCUCGCAGAAGAUCAGAGCAAGAGGCAGCUUCCCGGAGGCAUGCACUUACGGUGCUUCAGGAAAAAUAUGAUGAGGCUAUGGCUUCCCUUGCUCAGAUGGAGAACAGGGUGAUCAUGGCUGAAUCUCUGUUGGAGGCUACCAAGCAAUAUGAAUCUGGCCAAGCAAAAGCUUUAUCUUCUCCAAGGUCUUCCCGUAGUCAAGGUUCUUCACAGGACAGUCCCAGAAAAAGGACAGGCAUAUUGUCAUUUGGACUUGGAUGGCGUGACCGAAACAGGAGUAAAGCUAUCUUUGAUGAGUCCGUUGACAAUCCAUGCAGUCCAGGGAGAGAAACUAGCAACCAAGAAAAGGAACAGUAGAAUCAAGGGAAGCCUAUAGCGAUGAAUCUGUGACUUAAUGGUUUCUAACAACGCUCUUGUUCUCUGUAAUGAAUAUCCCAGUAGAACAAAGUAGCUUUGUAACAGUAUGGGUAGAAUUAACUGCGUUGCACUUUUUUUGCAAUUCAUUAAACAAAGAUUUUCACUUUAG